AUGCUCCCCCGUCGGCGGUAUCGACUAUUUGUCGUGGGAGCCAUCGUCAUUUGCUUCUUGCUUUACCGGGUGCUGCAGAACUCCUGGGACCAGUCCUACGAGAACUCGGCUUUCGCCCAAAGCAAACCUCACUCACCUCAACACAUGAGCACAGGUGAACAGACUGCCCCUGCGAACCGUCCCCAGCCCCAGGUACCUCUGCCCGACAAAUCCAAGACCAGCGACAAGAGCCAAAAGGAUCGCGACUCUGCGCCCACCAAAGAAGAUGAGGGGUCCGGACUUGGAUCACAGCAUGAUAGCUCGAGCGACUCGAACGAUAGCGGAGAGCAAGACGAACACACGGAAGCACCAUUCUCGCCAAAGAAUUCUCUUGAUAUUCAAACUACAGACGAUGAUACACCCGAGAUGACAUGGAAAAACCCACCCAAUAAGGAGAAGAAUGUCGCCUUCAUUGGCUCAGAGGUGCACUGGACGAAGCCCAAAGAAUACUUCCCUGUCCCUAAGGAGUCCAUCAUUCCUCUGCCCACCGGCAAGCCCAAGGCUAUACCCAAGAUACAAUACGAUUUCGGUACCGAGUCCAAGGAGAGUCAAGCUACUCGGGAGAAGAGACUUGGCCGAGUUAAGGCUGAGCUCACUAGAGCUUGGUCUGGUUACAAGAAGUAUGCUUGGAUGCAUGAUGAGCUGAGGCCGGUCACCGCGGAAUACAAAGACCCAUUCUGUGGCUGGGCGGCCACUCUCGUUGACUCUCUUGAUACUCUUUGGAUUGCUGGAAUGAAGGAUGAAUUCGAUGAAGCCGUCAAAGCUGUUGAGAAAAUUGACUUUACGUGGACCAAGCGGCAUGAUAUCCCCGUAUUUGAGACUACCAUUCGAUAUCUUGGUGGCCUCAUUGCUGCCUUUGAUGUGAGUGGCGGUCGCAAAGGAUCCUACACUGUGCUGUUGGACAAGGCAGUCGAACUGGCCGAAAUUCUGAUGGGCAUCUUCGACACCCCCAAUCGAAUGCCUGUUCUGUACUAUGCGUGGAAGCCUGACUUCACCUCACAACCACGCCGCGCUGGUCGUGUUGGCAUGGCGGAGCUAGCCACCUUGUCAAUGGAGUUUACUCGUCUGGCCCAGUUGACGUCGGAGAACAAAUAUUACGAUGCUGUUGACAGGAUCACCAAUGCUUUGAUUGAUAUGCAAGAGGCUGGAACAGUCUUUCCAGGUCUAUUUCCCGAGGAACUUGACGCGUCUGGCUGCAACAAGACAGCUACGACAACCUCAAGUUCCCUCAGCAAACUAGCCCGGGAUCAAGUAAACAAGGGAGGCAGCUUGAGCGACCCUGAGGGUUAUGUUCCGGGUAAGACCCCUUUUGGGGAUGACCGGAAGUAUGCGAAAAUCGAAAAUACCAAUAGCCCAACACCAUCGACUUCAAAUGGCCAUCUUUCACCCAGGGCAAGCUCAGAUACGGAUUCGAAAUCUUCCCCGCCGAACAAGAACGACCUUGAUCGAGCCAUUGACCGUGAACGAUUCCUACCUCCUUUUGCGGCUAAUGGGCAAACGGCGAACUGGGACUGUGUUCCUCAGGGUCUAGUACCCGCCGGGUAUGGUCAACAAGUGUUCCACAUGGGCGGCGGGCAAGACUCGGCAUAUGAAUACUUUCCGAAGCAGUAUCUGCUCCUAGGAGGUCUCGAACCCAAGUAUCAGAAACUCCACGAAGAUACGAUUGAUUCCGUUGACAAGUAUCUGAUGUAUCGUCCGAUGAUAAAGGAUGAUGAUGACUGGGACGUUUUGUUUCCUGCCAAGGUGUCAACUUCCGGACAGCCCAGUGAAGAUUCCUUCGCCAAUUAUGAGGUUACCCAUCUCACCUGUUUCAUUGGAGGAAUGUAUGGAUUGGGAGGCAAGAUCUUCGGACGGGAGAAGGACAUUGAGACGGCAAAGAAGCUCACUGAUGGCUGUGUGUGGGCGUAUCAGUCGAUGCCAUCAGGUCUCAUGCCAGAAGGCUCAGUUGUGCUCCCUUGCCCAACACUUGAAAAGUGCGAGUUCAAUCAGACUCUUUGGUGGGACCGGUUGGAUUUCAGCAGAGAAUGGCGCGAGAAAGAAAUUGCACGAUGGGAGGCUACUGAAGCAGAGCUGAAGAAUAAGAAGCCGCAGCAACAGAAACAAAAACAGCAACAAAAGGGCCAACAGCAGAAGCAACAGCAGAAGAAGCUCAACGAUGCCAAGGUUCGAGACAGCGAGCCCGACGAUGAGCUGAAUGUCGGAGCAAGUGAUCGGUUACGUGAUAAGGGGCACACUAUUGAAACAACCGGCUCCUCGGCCAGUGAUCUUCACAAGAGGGUACCCCCGCCCAUCACCGAGAAGCAACAGAACAAGGGGUCUGAACUCCCAGACUCGUUGAAGAAAAAGUUGGGAAUCACCGAUGAAGAGUCGCCUAAAGCAUCCGCGGAUAAGACAAAUAAAAAACCCGGCUCCAGCGGAAAGGGGAAAUCUGGAUCGAGUGACUCAGUCGAUGACAAGCUAGAUGAACUGGAUGACUUCGAUGAUCUUGACGACCUCGACGAGACCCCCAACAUCCCGCAUUCCAACGUGCCAUCCAGGAUGGCUGUGAAGUCUGAGAAGCCUCUGACCCAUGAAGAGUAUGUGAAGAAGAAAAUCAGCGAUAAGGCACUGCCUCCAGGCUGGGUAGACAUCCAAUGGCCUAACUAUAUUCUACGCCCCGAAGCUAUUGAAUCUGUCUGGUACAUGUACCGUAUCACCGGCGACCCUGAAUGGAUGGAAAAGGGCUGGCGAAUGUUCGAGGCCACGUCCCGAGCAACGCGUACUCAGUUUGCCAAUAGCGCCAUUGACGAUGUCACCCGUGAAGAGCCGUCCCUGCUGGAUUCCAUGGAGAGUUUCUGGAUUGCCGAGACUCUAAAGUACUACCUCCUCCUCUUCUCUGAACCAGACGUGAUCAGCUUGGACGAGUGGGUGCUCAACACAGAAGCACAUCCAUUUAAGCGGCCGACAUAG